AUGAACGGCAACGGCAACGGCAACGGCAGCCACGAGCCGUGUGGGCAAUCUGGACUCUGGAUCACGGGGUUGGGUCACCAGUAUCUAGCUUACCUUUGUGGGCCUGAACGUCUUGAGGAGUUGGCCACGCGCUUCUACGACGUCGAAAGACCUGGGCUCAAGAAGUUGCUGCAGGUCAACCGUGCUUCCGGCAUCGAUCAGCGGCCGUGCGUUCAGGACAUGGACUCGAGCUCAGCCUUUCUGCAUCGGCCUGAAAUGCCGUCCAUCACUGAUCUGAACGCCGUCUGGCACAAGGCGUUGAAGAAGGUGCCGAUCGACUUUUUCAAGGAGAAGCCGGUGAAAGAUUCACACUCCUCUGCAGGAGCCCUUGUCUACCAAAUCCGCCGUACAUUGCACGAUUACGCCGACGCCGACGCGCUCAACAUGCUGCGGCUGAUCGCCAAGGCCAUGGCGCCUGAUAGCCGACUGUUGAUCGUCGAGUUGGCCAUGACUAACCCGCCGACGCCACUUGCGGCCGCCGUGGACUUGUUUAUGUUUAUCACUGCAGGAAAGGAGCGCACCAUUGAGAUGUUUGAGCGCUUGACUGCUGAUGCCGGGCUGCGUAUCACGCGCGUUGUUCCUGGGAAGACCAGCGGGAUGGGAGUCCUAGAGUGUAUGAAGGUAUAA